AUCGUGGGGAGGGAGUGUAUGGUAAUUCUACUAUCCUUUCUGCUGAGUUGCAGAGUCUGAAGUCCAUAUACCGCUAUCAAAAAGAAUAAAAAGUGUUUGCUUUCACCUCACCUCCAUCUCCCGUACGACAGGCAGCCGCUCGCGAGUAUGACCGCCCCGUCCGUCCCUCGAAUCCGGGCUCGCAAGCCCAAAGUUCGUUCCGGCUGCGCUACGUGUAAAUCGCGAAGGAUCAAAUGCGACGAAGAUCGGCCUAUCUGCGCGCACUGCAAGAAGAGCAGGCUCCCCUGCAAAUACGUCGCUCUCGAGCCGAGGCACGGCCAAGGCAGCGGCGACGGCAGCGGCGACGGCAGCAGCAGCAGCAGCAGCAGCAAGAACCAGUACGGCGCCGUCCCGACGUCGUACGAUGGUAACAGCGAAAGGCAGCUGUCCCCGAGGUUGCACCUGCAGGAGUUCGAGGGCCACGAGGUGUACUACUUCGACCUGUUCCGGAACAUCGUGGUGAGCAACCUCUGCCAGAACGGGUACGAGAACUUCUGGUACCGCACCGUGCUCCGCGAGAGCCUGAGGGACGAGUGCGUGCGGGACUGCGUCCUCGGCGCGGGAGCCCUGUGCCGCGCCAUGAUGGACCAGGUCCACCGCCUGAUGCGGCCCGGCGCGAAGUCGCUCUGGAUGGUCCCGGCGGAUUCCCUCAACGCGAUGAAUACCAGGUAUCACCAGGACGCCCUCCUGUUCCACACCAAGGCCGUCUCCAAGUUUCGGAGGAGGAUGCAGCUCGAAGGCUCGUCUAUCACCCCGCGGACGAUCCUGAUCAUGAGCCUCCUGCUCAUCGUGUUCGAGGCCAUGCAGGGCAACACGGAGACCAUCGACCGGCUUAUGCAGUCGACCAUAUCGGCGUUGGAUAGUUCCACGUCCAGCAUGGUAUUUGGAACGCGGCUGCCGCCGAAUCUGGACGACGAGGGCAUCCGCGAGGCGGAUUACCUCUUCACGCGCCUGUCCGGAUUUAACUCCCUGCUCUCUCCAUUCUACCCCGGUGUAUUAAAGAACAAAGCAUACCAACGGACGUGGUUAUGCCAAGACGCCACCCCCAGCCCCGGCCAGAGCACGCAGGAGAUACGCCACAGCUUCGAGCGGUACACGACGUACUUCAUGCUCUGGUGUUUCCGCACGGCCCAGACCAAGCUCUUCAACAGCGAGAUGGACUUUGCGCGGUUCGACGAGGAGCAGGCGCUCGCGCUGGCGCACUCGAGGAUAUGGUGCGAGUUCCUGCAGGCGAAAGUGGACGAGGAGACCAAGGGCCCGGACCCGGACCAGGACCGAGCCUGGAAAAUCAUGCUGGUCGAGGCGAAGCUGUUCAGCAUCUUCGCCCAGUACCGCCACGACCCGGUAGAGAGCGAGGUGCUGUGGGACUCGCAGCUGCCCGUGUGCCGCGAGGCCGUCGCGCUCGUGGAGUCCGCGCUGGGGGAAGGCAGUCCGCUCGUGGAGUCGCUGCCGCCCCUCUUCGAGGACAAACUGCAGCCGAUGCUGCGCUCGCUGACGAACAAGUGCCGCCACUACGGGACGCGGACGAGGGCGCUGGCUCUCUGUCAGAAGCUAUCCGGGCCCUGGUUUGAGAACAAGGCGAUGGUGGCCGGCAUGCGGAUCCUGGUUGAGCUGGAGGAGCGGCAUAGGGAUGCCUCUGGGUUUAUCCCGUACCGGUCGAGGCUCAAAUGGAGCACGUCGUCGUGGAACGGGGACCGGACCGAGCUGCGGAUGGUGUUGGUGGGGGUUAUCACGGGGGAGCGGAGGGAGGUGACGAUUCGCAAAGACGAAGAUAUAGCUGCCAUGGUCGCGAAUAUAUCUAAAUUAUCAAUAUAGUCGUCCCCGAGACGUAGCGAGUUUAACAUCCCAUGACAUACAUUAUUAUGUACAUACAUCGAGGAGCUGCUCGGUCAAACUAGAGGCGACGAUAAAAAGGUGGAGAGUAGGAUAUUCAAGACUAAACGUGUAUAUAAACAUGUACAUAUCUAAAACAAGUAAUUAGGUAGGUAAAUAGUUAAACAAGCGC